AUGUCGAAGCGCACCCUCUUCACCACCAUCAGCCCGCUACCGCCCAACAUCACGCGCGAUGUCGUGCUCAACUUUCUCCACGACCACCUCGAGAUGAUCGAUCUCAACCCCCUGGUCAUCGAGCGCCACCCCAUCAAGCCGCCGCCGCACGCGCCCCCCGACGAGAUGGACUGCGUGUGGUAUUCGCUGACGGACAAGAUCUCGUACCUGCCCGGCGGCCUCAUGACGAGCGACGUCACCUACACGUGCGCCUUCAACGACAUCCCCACGGGCCUGCAGACGCACUGCUACGCGCCCGCCGGCCUCAACCUUCGGAGCAGGUGGACCCUCAACGGCUCGCUACCCGGCGAGCCUGUCGAGCCCGUCGAGCUGGGCCUCGGCGCCCCGCUGACCGGCCUGUACCUGCGCGAGGACGUCGAGAUGCGCUGCAACAUGAUCAUGACGGGCUUCGUCAAGAAGACGCUCAAGAAGUCCCACGCCGCUCUGGUCGACCGCCUCAAGACCAAGGCCCAGCUCGCCGCC